GUUUACCUGCCUAUCCUUCGACGGAGUUUCGUUUCCAAACAAACACCUGUGAGGAGUUCUGGUUCUCUGGCGGACUGCUAAGAGUCCUUCCCCGGUGUGGUCAUGGAUGUGAGCGGGUCAUUGUGGAUGAAAGAUUUCAACGUCUCCUCUCGUCCCAACAGCAGCUUCUGUUGACUUUAAACGGACUUCCUCGGUACCUCCGGACUCUGGUUGAAAUAUUUCAAAAGUUACUUUUUCUUUGUUUUUGACCACUAGCAUUUUUACUGCUCGUUCUGUCCGCUUGGAUUCAUCCCUUUAAUAAGUUUUUUGGUGUUCCGGGGAGCGGACGCGGCGGAGUGAACAGGGCUCUCCGGGUCGGGACCGAGGCUGGACUCGGUUCUGAAAAUGGAGGUUGUUCUGGAGAAGGAAUGCAGCGCGCUGGGAGGACUCUUCCAGACUCUGAUCGGAGACAUGAAGAGCAGCUACCCGAUCUGGGAGGAUUUUAUCACCAAGGCAGGAAAACUGCAGUCACAGCUUCGGGCAACAGCAGGAGCUGUGUCUGCCUUCCUGGAUGCUUUUCAGAAAGUGGCUGACCUGGCUACCAGCUCCAGAGGAGGCACCAGAGAUAUUGGGUCAGCACUGACGAGAAUCUGUAUGAGGCAUCGUAACAUGGAGGCUAAACUGAAACAGUUCUCAUUGUGUUUCCUGGAGGGUUUGAUCAGCCCCCUGCAGGAGCAGAUGGAGGAGUGGAAGAGAGGCGUCAACACCUUAGACAAGGACCACGCAAAAGAGUUCAAAAGAGCUCGACAGGAAAUCAAGAAGAAGUCUUCAGACACGCUUAAACUCCAGAAAAAAGCAAAGAAAGGACGUGGUGAUUUUCAGCCUCAGCUGGACAGUGCGAUGCAGGACGUCAGUGAUAAAUUCAUUCUCUUGGAGGAAACGGAGAAACAAGCUUUGAGGAAGGCUCUGAUCGAGGAGAGACAGAGGUUCUGCUGUUUUGUAGCCAUGCUGCAGCCUGUAGUGGAUGAGGAGAUCUCUAUGCUGGCAGAAGUUUCCCAUCUCCAGACCAUCUCUGAGGACCUCAAGGCCCUGACCUCGGACCCCCACAAGCUUCCUCCUGCCAGUGAACAAGUGAUAUUGGACCUAAAGGGCUCAGAUUAUUAUUGGUCAUAUCAAACACCACCCUCAUCCCCGAGCACCACCAUGUCCAGGAAGUCCAGCAUGUGCAGUAGUCUGAACAGCGUUAACAGUAGUGACUCCAGAGGAUCCAGUGGCUCUCACUCUCAUUCUCCUUCCUCCUCUUCUUCCUCCUCUUCUUCACACCACGUCUUUCAUCAUUGUCACCCCCGCCAUCGACACCGCAGCUCCACAGCACCCCAGCAGGCCCCAGCUCGGCUCUCUAGCAUCUCUUCCCACGAUUCGGGCUUCAUUUCGUCAUCGCAGGACCAAAACGCAUUGUUCAUCUCCUCCUCCCCACUGGCUGCUGAGACAAAGCCUUGUCCCACUUCCAGCUCCCCUGAGAAUGCAGAAACUGGGCAGCUUCACGUUGAAUGCAACUCCCCCUCCUCUUUGGCUGCUGCUGCGCUUCAGUCCACUCCUGAAGAGUUGUCCAAUGGUUUCGACCACUACAGUCCAGCCAGUCCCCCCUACCUGCAGAGCAAUGGGGGCUCAGCCUUCCCCUUCUUCCCUCCAUCCUCCCCCUCAUCCUCCACCUACGGUCCUUCCCGCUCAUGGUCACGUCCAGCCUCAGCUUUGCUGCCAGACUUCCCCAGCUACUGCAUGUUGGGUUCCCCCAUGGUGCCUUCAUCACGAGUCCCCAGCUGGAAGGACUGGGCAAAACCUGGACCCUACGAUCAGCCUAUGGUUAACACACUGAGGAGGAAGAAAAACAAGGAGACUCCAGCUGUGGUGGACAUUAAUGGGAGCGUAACCAGUGAGAUCACCCCCCCUUCAGGCCAUGCUUCAGUCUCAGCUCCUUCUGCUGGGCUACAAACACCAAGCCUGUUGGAAGACAGGGACAGGACCAUGGCUGCACCUCAGAAGGUGGAUCCUAUGGAGGCCCCUGAUGAACUGACCCUGGUCUUAUCAGGGAGUCUGGAGCUGGACACCCAGCGCUCCAGUAGAGACUCCAUCCAGUGCUCCAGUGGCUACAGCACUCAGACCAACACACCGUGCUGCUCUGAAGACACCAUACCCUCACAAGUCUCAGAUUAUGACUACUUCUCCAUGGCUGGAGACCAGGAUCCUGAGCAGCAGCAGCAGCAGCAGUCAGACUUUGACAAGUCCUCCACCAUCCCCAGGAACAGCGACAUCAGUCAGUCCUACAGACGCAUGUUCCAGACCAAACGACCGGCCUCCACAGCCGGGCUGCCCAGCUCUCAGCCUCCUGCUUCUGGACCUGGGGGGCCGUACCCCGCCACACCCAACCACACCGCAGCAUAUCCCUACACUGCUGCUGGGCUGUACCAUCCUCCUCCUUCAGGCCAUGGUCCAGUCAUUGUCACCCCAGGCGUGGCUACAAUUCGCCGCACACCUUCCAAACCCUCAGCCCGCCGCUCAGGCUCCUUGGGUGCAGGUCCCAUUCCCAUCCGGACCCCCGUGGUGCCUGUGAAACCCCCCACAGUGCCUGGAGCUGUGAAUGGGGUCAGGAGUGCAGAGGAGGUGGAGGGCGGAGAGUCCAGCUCAGAUUCUCCAACACUUUCAGGACACAAGGAGGUUGGUUUGCUUCCUGUGGCAUCCUGGAGCAGUCAGGCCUCCAGCAACCUGCCCACUGCACCCCCGCCCCACCAGCUGACCCAGCAGCACCAAGAGGGAGCAGGAGAGGAAGCAAACAUGCUGGUGGCCAUCCGCAAGGGGGUCAAACUCAAGAGAACCCUCACCAACGAUCGCUCUGCACCGCUCAUCGUGUGAUGAUGUCAUCUGGUCGGCAGGCGGGGUCACAGGAAGCAUGUGACCUCUUGUCCAGGACACGGAGCAUCUUCUGAACAGUGUUUGGUCAAAAGCUUUGUAAAAACAAAUCUUGUUCUGAG